AUGGGCAACAACGCCUCGACGCCCUCGACGCCCUCGGUCGGCGGCGCGCCCGGCUCAGGCCUCGACAGAGGCGGGUCUCGCUCGUCGCGCAACUCGCCUCGGUCGCGCAACAUCCCCCUCCCAGGUGGCGGCGAGGAGCGCUUCCACGGGACGUCGCGGACACCGAGCAAGCGGAAGAAACAUAUCGAGUUGCCGGACGUGUCGGGCGGGUCGUCGGGCCAACCUUCGCGCUCGUCUUCCAUCUCGCACCACCCCCAGCCUUCUCCCUCGACUCUCUCGCAACCCCCUCCGCCUGUUCGACACCCGCGCACGGGGUCAGGCUCAGGCGUGCGACGGAAACACUCUGACCGUGUCCCCGUCGUCGAUGAAGGCGACCUCGACCCGGAGAUUCUCAACGAGGGAGUAGGUGGCUCUCUCCGUGGCGCACUACAGGGGAAAGCCGAACACGUCGUCUACGGACCGAGAAGGACGGACGAUCCCUCGGUCUUGCUCUCCUCCCCGCCGGCAGCGGCAGCCUUGCUCGAUGCCUCGCCUGGCUCUCCCGCGUCCGGCUCGUCCGGCGCAACCGUCAAGCCCGUCGCGAUCGGUAUCCCCGGCACCGGGUCCUCCUCCCUGCCCCGCACGCCCGCAGGCGCCGCCGGAGUCGGGCGCGACGGAUCCCUCACGAACGCCGGGAUGGGCGCAAUCGGCGCCAACGCGUUGAUGAUGGAUCCGGACGACACGAUGCACCCUGGGUUUGGGACGAGCGCAAGGUUGACGAGCGACGUGAUUAUGAGUACGGAUCGGAUGCCGGUGUUGAAUUCGCCCACGAGGGAGGAGGUGCCGGAUGAUUCGCCGUUUGGGGAUGGGGCGCAGACGCCUGCUGAGAGUGUGGAAGGGCAUGGGAAGGAGGCGGAGCGGGCGGAGGAAACACAGACUCCGAUGCAGGAACGGAGGGAGUUGCAGCCGAGCUCUUCGUCCGUCGACGGCGGGUCGGGGAGCGCAGGGUCGUCGACGCCUAGUCGGACAGCAGGAGGAGGAGAGGGCGUCAGGAGGGUGACGACGCCUCAAACGUCCUUCGCGGGCGCCGUGUCGUCCAUCAUGGCCCCGACACCUCCGGGCGAAGAACCCAAGAUCUCGUCGCCUCCUCACCCUUCCGCCGCCCAGCUUCCCCCUACGACUUCCUCUCCCACCCCUCCCUCUGCCGCUCCCUCCGACACGGUCCAAGCCCCACCAGUACCGGACGACGCACUCCCCAUCGCGUCCGAGUCGAUCCCCUCCGGCACAUCCGUCAUCGCCUCGCCCGCCACCUCGCGCGGCACGACACCCACGGGUGCCGUACCCAGCCCCGCCGUCCUGCUCCCUCCAGCAGUCUUCAACGCCCCCGUCGCCGCAAUCCCCAUCCCGCUCCUGUCCGUCCCCUCGCAGACAAUCGCGCAGAACCUCCUCGCUGCGGCUGUGGACCUCGGAGCGGGAGAAAGAGGCGUGCCGACGUUGAUCAAGUGGAAGGAUGAGGAUGGGCAGGAGAAGGGGAGGGAAGGGAGGGGCGCGAAGGGGCCCAAGGAGGUGUAUGUUACGGGGACUUUCGCCAACGGGUGGAAGACCAAGAUUGAGCUCAGGAAGACAGACGCCUCUGACUUCUCGGCGCUCAUCUCGCUUCCGCCCGGCCCGCACCGGCUCAAGUUUAUUGUCGACAACGAGUGGAAGGCGUCGAAGCACCUGCCGGUCGCGACCGACGCCGACGGCAACCUGAUCAACUACCUCCAGGUGAAUCCAGUCAACUCGAAGAUCCCCGCGACGGUGUGGUCUCCACCUCCAACGACCCCCGCGACGACCUCGCAACCGCUCGCCGUCCCGAAUGCCCAAGCUGCCGCCCAGGUCGCUGCAGCCGCCGCCUCGAUCCCGCCUUCGUCGACGCCCAACACGGUCGCCCGCGCGCUCGGCGGGUUCAACCCGCUCUUCUGGCCCUUCGCAGGCGCAGAAGACGACGAUGCAGCCGUGCCAGGCGCAGGACAGGCGUACGACGCGGACGAGGACGACACGCAGUGGACGCAGGAGAUCCCGUCCGAGCUGAUCCAGUGGGGCGAAUGGGAGGCGGAGCGAGACGCGAUUGAAGCGGAGUGGUACGCGCGGUACCCGAACCCAACGCACGACACGCCCCAGCCGCAGUAUCCCCCGCCUCCGCCAUCCGCAGGCGUCCAGCCUCCCUCGCUGCCGGCGCAACUCGAGAAGGGCCCGCUCAACCAUGCGGCGUAUGUCACGCAGGGAAGUGGAGACGACAACUCGAUCUUGCCGAAGCCGGAUCACUCGGUUAUCAACCACCUUGCGGCGAGUCCGAUCAAGGGUGGCUACUUGAGCGUCGGUGUCACGACGAGGUACAAGCGGAAGUUCGUCACUAUCGUCUACUACAAAGCGCUAUCGUCACGGUAG